AAACUAGAAUAAAAGGGUACAAGUAAAACAUUUUUUUUUUUUACAUACAAGUUCACUCGACUAUUUUAUUCUUGUUUUAGAAGAAGGAACACAAGGAUUGCUCCAUCCGGCACUUGGUUUCGAACUUCGUUUGUGGGAUAAUCGAAGUAUGAGGAAUUCAGAAAUGGAUAAAUCCAAUGAAGAACUGGAAUCUCUUUUUGAUUACAGACGUGUUCAGCCCUUCUGUACUCCCUUCAAUCCUAUCUGCCUUGACGAUGAUAGUGCAGACCCGUCUCCAGUUCUCUCAAAGAAACGAAGAAUGAUCGAUUCUGCUGUCUCAAAGAAAGAAGACAAAAAUGAAGCAGUUCUAGUAAUUGACUGCAACGAAAAAGAAGAGGAUUGGCUGCCACCCUCCCCAAAGAUUUCUGCUCAUACUAGUAACCUUGUUGAAGAUUCAACUAUAAAGGAAAUUAGAUUGAAAAAGAAAGAGUUGGCAUCAUUUGCCCAAUCAGCUAAAGAUGAGCUGCGAGAUGUUGAAGAAUCUGUAAAAAGAGAUCUUAGUGCUUCACUCCAUUCACUUCAAGAUAGUGUUGCUGAGCUGCCGUCAAAACCCUCAACUGAAAGAGCAAAAAUUGUCAUUUCUAUCCAAGACAAGGAUGGAGCAAAACAAUUUCGGAUUUACAAGGAUGAUAAAUUUGAGAGGCUGUUCAAAUUGUAUGCUGAUAAAGUCAAGCUUGAGCGGCAAAAUUUGGUUUUCUGCUUUGACGGGGAUAAAAUUAAUCCGAAUGCAGCUCCCAGUAGUCUUGGGAUGGAGGAUGAUGACAUCAUUGAAGUGCAUGUAAAACCAAGUUGUUGAGUGUUUAGGGAAGCGCGAAGCGGAAAAAAGCGACAAGGCUCCGCUUCACGCAUUCAGCGAAGCGCUCGAAUCAUUGAAGUGAAUCGCAAUUCAAAAGAAAAAAAAGACUAAACAGAGCAGCCAAACGGUAAGACAGAACUGAACAGAACACAACAACUAUAUAAUCAACAAUAAAGUCAAAUUGAUAUAUAAGCAAAAGUUCAAAUUAAACACCAAAAUCAGAGGUUAAAUCACUGAAAACACCUGCUGUGAAACAGACCAGCAAAACAACACAGACCACUAUAGCAAAACAGUGCAGCAAAAUAGCAAAAUAAAACAGAAAAAAAAGAAAAAGAAAAACCAAAUCUGAAUUAAUAAUGUUUCAAAAAUAGUGAAAGAAUAUAAGAAAGAAGAAGAACAGAGCACCACUGCUGCUGAAAAACAGAGUACUGCUGAAAAAAAUAAAAGAAGAAGAAAGAAGAAAAGAAAAUCUUAAGAGAAAGAAGCAAAGAAAACCACAGCACUGGUGAAGUCGACUCUUAAGAGAAAGAAUAAAAGAAGAAAGAAGAAGAAGAAGAAGAAAAUUACCUUGGUUUAGUCGUAGCAGUGGGAGUAAAAAACCCUAGAAAAUUUGAAGUUUAAUAAAAGUGGACUCUAUUCUUUUUUAAUUUAAAAUUGACCCUUAAAAGGACAGCAACAUGAAGCAAGCGCUUCACGCCGCAUCUUGCAGCAUGCUGCCUCACCGCAACACCACUGGAAGCUCACUUCAGCAGGGUUGGAUCGCCUCGAUGUCUCGCAGUGACAAACCCUCGCAUCGCGUCACUUCACCGCAUUAAGUGAUGAUGCGAGCGCAUUCCUGAACACAGCUAUGACAUCUGAGUUGUAUUUUUGUCAUUUUACUUGCUUCAGUUGAUGGACUCCUUUAAAUGAUUAGAAUUAAGUACAAACAGACAUUAUCCAGAUACACCUCUUCCUUUUCGCUUGUUUCUCUCUUCCAUAAUAAAUGAAUCUUGUACUCCUGCCAAAAAUUCUGAACAUCCCUUGGGAUGUGGUGACGGAUUGCUAGGAUUAAUCAGUUCUUGAUCCCUUUUUCUUGAUACUUUUUUCCAUCUCCACUGUCUUGAUGUAAAUUAUAAGAAUCAAUGCAGGUUUUGAUGAGACUUAUUUCUGAGGAACCCAUGACCAUAUAAUUGAAUUCAUCGUAUAAUCAUUGCUUUCUGUGACUUUCAUGUGUUCUUUAUUUCCAUGUGAUAUUUAACUCAUGCACAUAUUGCUCAUAUCAUCCAUUAUAAAUGCAUGUCAUUCUUCUUGGGAAGUUUCUCAUUGUUGGAUUGAACUUUACUCAGGAUUAAAGGGUUCUAGAGAUGGUUAAAAAAGAACAAGGAAGGACGGAAGGGAGAUGCGUCCUCUUUAUAAGCAACUCCCUAUUUGAUGAAUAACAUAAUUUUUAGUGUUAUUGGUUAAUUUUUUCAAUAAAAGGGAGAAUUUACCAUUCUGAAGACAGAUGACAGAUAUGGGAAAAAAGACGAAGAUUUUUGAAUAAGGGAGGUUUAACAUCCGUCUGAAACAAGUAUUUAUUCCAUCUGAGUCAACCCUGGGGCUGCUUUCUUUGGCUCAACUGGAUAAUCCCGAACUAGAGCUUGGCCAAGUAUUUGAAGUUAUAGCUUUACCAAGGUCAAUUAAGAAUGGGUUAUCAAGUUCACAUGGUUAGACUAAUACCAGAGUGGGGAAGGCUUCUCAAAUACAGUUUGAAUCCUUUAUAUCCUUGAGACAAUCUAUUUACUCACAAGUAGAGAGUCGUGAGUAAAUUUAGAAUACGUGUAUGAAACACCUUGGAAGCUCAAGAAGCUUGCUAGCCAGGUUUGAAGAUAAAGUUACUCGUCCUGUCCUCUAAAUGGGUGUACCUAUUGACUAGGGCCUGAAGAUAGGUAAGGCGUCAAGCCUAUGAGUCAGGAAUUUUGAGGCUUAAACUUAGAUUAAUUUACCCGUCCUGUGUUCUGAAGGCACAUAGUAUUGAAUAGGGUCUGAAGGUUGCCAAGCUCAAAUUAUUCUCAAUCCAGCCAUAGUGUGCAAGGGCAGUGUCACAAUUCCCAUUUUUUAAACAUUUUCUUUAUGACUUGUAGGAUCACACUAGGCAUGAGAAUGGUGAAAAAGUGAUGAUAUCAAUUCAAGAUAAGUUGACAAGAUAGUGCUUAAUAUAGUGUGUGCUUGUAUGAGGCAAAACCUAAUGUGAGGCGUUUUACUUUACUGGAUUGGGCAUGAAACCCAAGGAUAUCAUUUCCUAGAAAUAAAAUAUGUUUAUGCAUUUGGUCAGCACUUUUGCUUAUCAAGAGCUGCAAAAGACAACCAGUCCCCGGGCUAAGAGUGCAACUUUUGAUGUGUGGAUUUGAUAUAUGCCUGGUAUUUAAGUGGAAAAGGGUAGAGGGGUGGGCCCGCUAUUCUCCUAUGUUUUGAAUUGCGAACCAUUUUUCUUGAUAAGGUAAAUAAUUUAAUUAAAAAUUGUGGAAAAACCCUGUAUACAAGGUCGUAUCAAAAGAGAGAACCUACAUCAAAAUAUGAUUCUAAAGAAAAAGAGACCUAAACUUUUAUACAAAUUGGGGUCUCAUGGAGACACCAAAAGGAAAUUAGAACAGAAGACUAUUUGCAACUUUACAAUAUUUUGUUCAGCACCUUCAGUCGCUCUCGUAUUUCUCUUUCCAGAUAACCCACACAAUUGCUAUCGGGGCAAACAUUCAAUGCCCUAGGACUUCUCUUCCCCCUCCUGUAAGCCCAGCUAUGCAAUGCCUCCUUUACUGUGCUUGACAUCACUCAUUGCACUCCCAAACUAAUGAAGAACCAUUUUCCACAGUCGGUUAGCCACUUGUCAAUGCAAUAAGAGAUGAUCCACAUCUUCACUCGAGCUCUUGCAAAUGAAGCACCAACUAACAUAGGUGAUUUUCUUUCUGAGGUUUUCACUGUCAAUAUCACACCCCUUGUUUUCAACCAUGGUAAGAAACACACCUUUCAACCCUGGUAAAGGUUCCCCAACCCUUCAUAAUACUUCAUAUGCUGCACCCAGAUGGUGUUGUGAUGUUUCUAGCCUCCACCUACCUUCCAUAAUGUCAUAAUUUUUCGCCAUCGCACCCCUCCACAACAUAUUUUCACCUCCACCCCAAUCCUCCAUAACCACUUCCUGAACUAUGCUUAUUGAAGAGCAGAGCUUUCACACCGAAUCGUCCCCAUUCCUUCGAAGAUGGUGACAAUUCUCCAAUUCACUAAGUGAAACUUUCUAAUUUCAUCUGAUGUAUUGCAUAGAAAAUUUACCUGGUCAUUUUAACCUUUCUGUCACUUCACCAGGUGUCUGCAACAACAUGAAAUAUAUGGGGAUGCUAGAGUUUGUACUUUUGAGUUUUGAUAUACUUCCUUCACGUCUUUCGUCAGUUAUCUCUUAUUGCACACCAAUAACCCUCGCAGAUUUCUGUUAUCAAAUAAUAAACAUAAAAAAAGAUAUUCAAAGUUCACGUAGUUCGAAGCUUGGUAAGCAGAAAGUGACAAACAUGUUGGGAGAUAAUAUAAUAUUUUAACUAAAAUUAUAAACAAUGAAAAAAUAAUAACAACCUCUGGGUUGCUGAAUAGUUUUUUAACCCUAAAGAAAUGAAAUGAAGAAAACAGAAGCUUCUUAUGACGAAAGUUUAACAAUAACACCAAGUCUGGACUUUGUUUUUCUUAUCUAUUUAAUAGAUCUAUGCUGUGAAAGGUGCGCCAGCUGCUCAAACAGCAGCCUCAAUCUGCUAGAUUUUCCAGUAGGUUAUCCUUUGAAUUUUAUAAUUCCAAUUCCAUGCUUUCUCAGGGCAAUGUCAAUAUGCCCUUUAUCUGUACUCUGCUCUAAAACUCUUUCUUUUGCACUCUAAGCUGCUGUAUAUCCCUUUCUUUAUUUGUUCUGUGGCUGGAAGAUAUUUUUCUAAUUUUACCACAUCUUCACCUUAGAUUUCGUUAGCCUUCUUAGUUUUUGCUGAUCUGUUUCAGGUUGGAUUCAUCCUCCAGCUGAAGGUGCUUCUCAAUCGGUGAAGUUGACGUUGCAGACUUUUUUUUUCUGUUUUGCUAUGCUUUUGGUCCACUUGAUCAGACUUUUGUCCUGCUGGCUGCAACUGUAUAGUAGCUCUUCUAAUUAUAUGAUCAAACAUUAUUUGACAAUUUUUUUUUUUUUCAGAUACUACUUGAGAAAUCUAUGGUCAAACGGGUCCUUACUUUAGACCUUUUAA